CCCAGACUUUGCAAGAUAACCUAAUUGAUACGGAGAAGAGAAGAGGGAAAACAAGUAGGAUUUUUCCGUGUUUUGCGACUACACAGUUUACCAAGCGCGCGCCAACUUGGCAGGAGGAAAAACCUAAAGUCUCUGGAGCUCGACCAUGACUGCAAAAAUUUGGGACGUUAUUGUUGUUGGCGCCGGACUCUCUGGGCUGAGCGCAGCUCAUUUGCUCAGAACAAGGAAUGCCAAGUUGAGAGUGCUGGUGCUGGAAGCAAAAGAUCGAGUGGGAGGCCGCACAGUGUCCACAGAAAUACCAGCAGCCAAUGGCGUUGAUCGCUGGGACUUUGGAGGGCAGUGGGUAGGAAGCACCCAAACGCACAUCAUGGAGCUUGUUAAGGAGCUGGGCCUGGACACCUUCCCGCAAUACAACAUUGGCAAGAAGGUGCACCACAUGGGCGGGCCGGGUGCCAGAGUCCGCACCUACAGGAACAGUAUCCCCGCUCUGUCGCCACUCGUGCUGAUGGAUCUCACCCAGUUCCUGUGGAAGAUUGACAGAUUGUGCGCGACAGUACGUGUCGAGGAUCCUUCCAAGACGCCCAACGCUGUGGAACUGGACAGUGUGACCCUGCACUCCUACACCGAGAAACAUGUUUGGACUGCGGAGCUAAAAGAAGAGUUGGCACUGUGCAGCCGGUCCGUCUUUGGCAUGGAGCCAUCCCAGAUGUCCUUCCUGUUCUUCCUCAUGUAUGCCGCCGCAGCUGGAGGGCUACUGCCACUUCUGGAGAACACGGCGGGUUCAGCUCAGGAGUUUAAAAUCAAGGGGGGCACGCAGCAGCUUUCGGAGUGUCUGGCAGAACGCGUGGGCCUGAGGAACGUCCGGCUGCGUGCCGCCGUGACGGCCAUAUGGCAGGAUGCUGAGUGGGCCAGGGUGACGAUCGCCGCCGCCGGCGCCGCCGCCACCUUCUUGUGCAGAGCUGCGAUCGUCACGUGCCCCCCUCAUUUGGCAGCGAAAAUCCACUACGACCCGGCCCUGCCGAGCCGGAGAGAAUUCCUCACCCAGAACAUGCCCGUGGGCCACAUGAUAAAAUUCAUUAUCACCUACCAGACGGCGUUUUGGAAGGAGAAGGGCUUCUCCGGAGAAAUCGUGGCAGGAUCCUCCACCGACUGUCCGUUCUGCGUCACCUUCGACGCCACCAGCCCCGGCGGUAAUGCUGCGCUGGUGGGCUUCAUAGCCGGCCGGCAGGCGUCUCAGUGGGGCUCCAAGGAGGCCGGCCAGAGAAGGAACGCCGUGGUCUCCAGUCUGGUCAAAUACCUGGGUCCCGAGGCCGCGUCCUUCAUCCACUUCGAAGAAAGAGACUGGGCUGCGGAGGCCUACAGCGGGGGCUGCCCUGUGAACGUCAUGGCGCCAGGACUGCUAACGUAUUACCACCCUAGCCUGAGGAAGCCCUGUGGCAGGAUCUACUGGGCCGGCACCGAAACGGCCACCCAGUGGUGCGGGUACAUGAGUGGCGCGGUGCAAGCUGGUGAGCGGGCGGCGCUGGAGGUGCUGGCCGAACUCCGCCCCACGGGCCUGGAGCCCGAGGAGUAGGAAGCGCUCGAGGGGUCCUGCGCGGCAAACGCACCAUCACCGGAACUCACAUACCUACAGGUUCCAAAUGUACACGGACAUUAUCUUUUUGACAACCAAAUGUCAUAUAUUCCAAUUGUCCAACGGACAGAAUGAACGGGUGCAGGGUUUCCUGAGUCUACAUGGAAGACGGCUCGCCUACUGUUAACUGAUUUUAGUAUUUGUAUUAAGUUAAACUCAAUCAGAUUCAUUUUAUUUUACUACAUUUUGUAACAGUCUAUCAAUGUUUGACAUACAAUUGUCGUUCACAUUUUCAUUUUUUGCUCGCGACAAAUGAAAAGGACAAGCCAUUUUUGCAAGGUUGAAAAUGAGUGAAUUCAUGUGUUGUGCCUCGUGAGCUCAGAGCUUCAGAGCGAUCAUGUCGUGUUUAAACCAGAAGGAAUGAGGCUUUUUCGCAACCCGGUGCCUGGCAUUGUUUCCCAGAGAGCCGUCAAAAAAAAAAAAAAAGGCGGCUUGAGAGGCUUGGAGCGGAGCCACGUUCCCUCGGAACGAGCGAGAGAUGGAUGAAGCCGUCGCACGAUGAUAACGUUCCCAGAGAAGGUGAUUUAAUCGCUAUCACUUGAUUGCACAGUUGAUUGAAACGAUUUCGUCAGUCCCCCCCCCCCCCCCCCCCUCUCCCGGAGAAUAGCUCGAAUGCCUGCUGAUCGCUGGACGGCGGUCUCCGUCUCCAUUGGCGCCACGGCUCGCUAUUUGUCUUUGUUAUCAGCGGCCUGCAACGAAUCCACUGCCCGUUCUCUCCCGUGGUUUUAAUUUGAGCCAAUUGCGGCUGACUCGAGGCCCACGACCCAUCUCUGCGCAUGCACGGCCACCGAUUCGGUCGAUUAGGUCGACAGGCAAAUGGGUUUUAUGGUUGUCAUGCGGAUGAGAGUUUUUGAAAUUAGCUCGUUCGAGAAAAAAAGGAAAGAUGUACCUUUGCCCCCACUUGACCCCACUGAGACGCGGGGCAAAACAGAUGGGUGCGCUAUUUUAGAGGACUCCGCAGCGCUAAGAUUUCGUCUGGCGGUAUAUGUCAUGGCCAGCUCAGGGCACGCACGUGGUAACUUGCCAUCUGUGGGGGUUGGCACCGCGCCUCGCCACCGUCGCUACAGAGUUUUGUCCAUUCACUUCCGAGAUUCUAUGCAUGAUCACUGUGAAAGAUGAGCAUUCAUAUUAGUCUGCUGAAUACUCAAUCUAAUAAACUAGCCUUACCAAUGGCUCGGCUUUUGAAGGGCAGCUGAACGGCGCAAAGGAUACGGCAGUGAGAUGUGAGAGAAAUCUGAAGCAGCGGUCAUCUUUCGCGAACAUGUCAAGGUCCGAUUUCCCCACCACCACCACCACAUUAAUAUAUAAUAUUUCUAAUAUAAAAUAUGAAGGUUGUUAAAUCAUUGUUUAACGACCUUCAUUUGUCACCUUCAUGACUCUUUCAUCGGGCGGCAUGUCAACUGUGCACAGUGUUACCUUGUGUUUUUGUGGGAAUGUGAUCAAAUUUCCAAUAAAAGAUUUCCAGUAAUGGCCCCCGAGUAAUGUUUCUGUAAUUACUGUAGCCUCUGUAAACACCCGCCAUCGUACUUGCCGCGGCGUUUGCCUCCGGGCAAAAGCAGCAACUUUAAAAAAUUCAUACACUGCAGCACAGUGAAACCGGAAUUUGCCAUCAAAAACAAAUGCAUCCUCAGAACUAAAAGCAAUGGCUCUUUCUCUAUAAGCGGAUGCACUCGCCACCAUACAUUAUGUCGUUCUAUGUUAUCUAGACAUGCCAGGGCUCGCGAGAACAAGAAUACCAUUACAAUUCAGUCCAGCAAACCGUGGAUUAAACCCUCUUGCGAAGCUUACAAUGUUUAUAUAUUUUAAAUUGUGUCAGCGAAGGGGUUGAUGCAACUAUGGCAAUCAUAUUUAGACUGCUUUUUUGUUCUAUUGUUAUGCAAAUAACAAAUCAAGUACCUCUCAGUUAAUGUUGGCACUGGUUUUGCUCACAUGGCCUCCGCUAGUCUUUGCCAAAAGGAGAUUUUGCUGUAUUCAACAUAGCGUCUUGAUUUUUGAGUGUCUUUUCGAAAAACUUAAAGUGUCAUUUCUGCAGCUGCAUUUGCGGCUGUGAUUUAGUUACCUCAGAGUUAAGGGAGAGUUUCCUCUGCGCAGCGGACGAUUCCGCGGCACCAGAUUGCCUCCUGUGUUCGUCAGCGUUCUUUGUGCACUGUCCCAUCUCAUGCCACCGCCCUCCACAUUAGGGCGGUGGCAUCGAUACUUGCAACGUACAAUUAUUGUCAAAACAAUAUAUUUGCGAUCUAAACUAAUAAAAGUAACUGUAUGUGGAU